UCAUUCACUUAAAUCUCUACGCUCCCACAGCAUAUCCAGAAAGCAGCGGAGGUAACCGCGCCCUUCCCUCUUCUCUGUCUCCAUAACGCACUCUAUCUCCUUCCCCCGCCCAAAUGGAUCGGAACACCGGCCUUUUCCCCUCAUCACCGACGAACUCUUCCCCUUCCUCGUCUGAUCUCGACACCGAGUCCACCGGCUCCUUCUUCCCCGACCGGAGCAUGACGCUCGGAACCCUCAUGGGCCUCACCUGCCCGGAAAUACAGUCCCGGGUCGGGCGGCCACCAUUAGCCCAGCAACCCGACUUCGGCGGCCCCACCGACUCCGGCGUCCGGAAGCAGAAGGCGAGACGGACGCGUCGCCGGCGAGGAGGGAGCGCGUGGUGGCGGCUAUGCCGUGACGAAGUGGGGCCCACAUCGCUGGAGGAGUUUCUGAGGGCUGAGCGGCAAAUGGGCGUAGCGGAGGCUGAUUUCAUAUAUGGAAGAGAGGAAAACGAGGUGAUCGGAGGUGGGAGGAUGUUGUUUCAGAAUGGACGGGUCCUACCGCCAUCGCCGCUGGAGGCUGCUGUGGGAUGGCGGCAGAGGGGCAGGCAGGCGCAGCAGGGUGGGGCCAAGGGGCGCCUGCCAGUUUUGAUUGCUGGGAUUUGCAGUGGCGGAGAAGGGUAGUUUUGUAAUUUUGUUGCUGAUGUACGAGAGAGCUUAGCAUUUAGAUCUUUGGUAUUUCAAAAAAAAAAAAUAAAAAUUAUCCACGGGUGGUUGGCGGGCGAGCACAGUUGGAAACUUCAAUGUUGAGUUCAAA